AUGUUGGCUGUCGUAACAAAAACUGGCGCAAAUACUUUUAUUGGCAGAGCUGCUAAUUUGAUUUCAAUUACUGUUGAACAAGGUCAUUUCCAAAAAGUUGUCAACGCCAUUGGAAAUUUCUUAAUUUUGAUCACUGUUGUUUUGGUUUCUAUCAUCCUUGUCUAUCAAUUGGUUAAAUACAGAGGUACCGAUAAAGGUCAUCCACUCGUUGUAUUAGGACAUGUUUUGGUUUUAACUAUUGCUGCUAUUCCUGUCGGUCUUCCUACUGUCUUGUCUGUAACUAUGGCUGUUGGUGCAAAACAAUUGGCUGCCAAAAAAGUCAUUGUUAAACGUCUUACUGCUGUUGAAGAAAUGGCUUCUGUUUCUGUACUUUGUUCUGAUAAAACUGGCACUUUGACUCUCAACGAAUUGACUUUUGACGAACCUUACCUUUGUCCUGGCUACACAAAAGAUGAUAUUUUACUCUGUUCCUAUUUAUCGGCUGAACCUGGUGCAAACGAUCCUAUCGAAUCUGCUGUUCGUUUUGCUGCUGAAUCUAGUUUGGAUGUAUUAAAGGAUAGGACAAACAAGAAUGAAGUUCCCGGGUACAAAGUCACUGCUUUUAUUCCUUUCAAUCCAACAACAAAAAUGACAAACGCCACGGUUGCAAAUCUGGAUACAAAAGAAGUUUUCAAAGUUGCAAAAGGUGCUCCUCAAGUUAUCAUUAAAUUAGUUGGUGGCGAUGAUGAUGCUGUGCAUGCUGUCAAUGCUUUAGCUAAACGUGGUCUACGUGCUCUUGGUGUGGCUCGUACUAAACCUGGAAAUUUGGAAGACUAUGAAUUGGUUGGUAUGAUCUCAUUAUUAGAUCCUCCUAGACCUGAUUCUGGUGAAACAAUCAGACGUUGUAAAGGAUAUGGUGUGGAGGUUAAGAUGAUCACUGGUGAUCAAUUGAUCAUCGCAAAAGAAGUCGCUCAUAGACUUGGUAUGAAUCGUGUCAUCUUGGAUGCUAAUCAUCUUGUAGAUCCUGAAAAAAGCGAAGAAGAAGUCACCCAACAUUGUGAAAGGGCUGAUGGUUUUGCUCAAGUCAUACCUGAACAUAAAUAUCGUGUGGUUGAACUUUUACAAAAACGUGGCCUGCUUGUUGGAAUGACUGGUGAUGGUGUAAACGAUGCUCCUGCAUUGAAGAAAGCAAAUGUUGGUAUUGCUGUACAUGGUUGCACAGAUGCUGCUAGAUCAGCCGCAGAUAUUGUCUUAUUGGCUCCUGGUCUUUCCACAAUUGUUGAUGGUAUUAUUACAUCACGUGCAAUCUUUCAGCGUAUGAGAUCUUAUGCUUUGUAUCGUAUCACCUCCACCGUUCAUUUCUUAAUUUUCUUUUUCUUCAUCACACUGAUAGAGGACUGGGAGAUGAGUCCAAUUCUUUUGAUUCUUAUAGCUUUGUUGAAUGACGCUGCCACUUUAGUCAUAGCUGUAGAUAAUGCAAAGAUUUCAUCAAAUCCUGACAAAUGGAGACUUGGACAAUUGAUUACUUUGUCAUUGGUGUUAGGUGUACUUUUAACAGCUCUUUCAUUUGCGCAUUUCUAUAUUGCAACUCAUGUUUUUGGAAUUGAUAAAGAAGACGAGAGAUUAGAGACUAUCAUGUAUUUACACAUUUCAUCAGCUCCACAUUUUGUCAUUUUCUCAACUAGAUUAUCGGGAUACUUUUGGGAAAAUUUACCAUCACCAACUUUCUUCAUAGCUGUAAUGGGUACUCAAGUAUUUGCUAUGUUCAUCUCAAUUUAUGGUGCCUUAACUCCUGCUGUUGGAUGGGGAUGGGGUGUUGGUAUCAUAGGAGUUUCAUUGAUAUACUUUGUAUUUUUAGAUAUUGUUAAAGUUGCUAUAUUUAAAUAUUGGUCAUUUGAAUUAACAGCAAGAUUAUGGCCAUCAAAAGCUCAUAAAACCAAGUUAAGUGGUCGUAAAUCAGAUGCUUUAUAUCAAGCCAGAAUUUCUAAAAGUGUUGCAAAAGUACGUAAAGUUCUUUUAAUUUGUAAAGUUUUAUUGGCUUUUGAACAAGCAAAGAAAUUAAGCACAAAGAAAGCUAUUGCUGGACCAUCGACAUCAUCAUAA